AUGAUUUACCGACGGUACAUGGGUCUUAUAACCAAUACUAUAAUCCUCCUCAUAAAAGAUUUCGUUAGCAAGCACCUUUUACUACCAAAUGAGGAACUGUUGCGCAUCAGCUGUGCAUGCGGUCGCAUUCUCCAUCUUCCCAGUGAGUCGGCUCACAACACUAUCUGCCGCUGCGGAGCCAGGUACGACAAAACCGGAAUGAUGUGCUGGGAUCACACGUGGUGGCCUUAUUACCCAAGGCUACGCAAAGAGCGAGAUUUGGAAGGGAAACCAAAGGACGGAUAUAAAGUGGAUGUUGAACGAAUUCCAUGUCAGAAAUUGAUAGCCAAGGAAUUUGCUGAUGUAUGCACUGAAGUUAGAAAUCUUCGAUUUGACAAGAAAAAGAGGCUUGAAUUCGAAAAAUCGGCUAUGGCACCCUCUUUAGAGAGCACCAUAUUGCUGCGAAAUGCUGAAGAACUUAGAAGAGACAUUAAAACUGUCAUGGAAUCGUUCCGAGAACAUCGAUAG